GAUGCUGUUUGGCGACUCGUCGCCAUUCCCGGAGCAGCUCGGCCUCGGCCCAGAGGCGAGUGUCGGUCGCUGUGUCGGAGACGCCGGUCCCCGGCACCGAGACAACCAGCCCUCUCUCCUGCCCCGCGGCGGGAGAGCGCGUCCGGCCGGCCGGCGGGGCUCGCGACCCUCCCGCGCCUCCCCUUCCCCCGCAGCCUCCGCCCCGCCAGGCCCGGCCCGGACCUCCGAGCCCCGGCCUCCUCCUCCUCCUCGUCCUCGUCCUCCUCCUCCUCCUCUUCGGUCACCGCCGCCUCUGGGCCCCACAGCCCCACCUUGCCGCUUCUCCUUCCAUUUUGAGAAGCUGAGGAAGGAAACGAGGAAAAAUGUCGCCAUGAAGGCCGAGAACCGCUGCCGCCGCCGACCCCCGCCGGCCCUGAACGCCAUGAGCCUGGGUCUCCGCCGCGCCCGCUCCGCUCCGACCGCCGUCGCCGCCGCCGAGGCCCCCUUUGAUGCCGCAGAGCUCCCCCAGCGCCGCCGCCACCACCGCCUCCGACAUGGACAAGAACAGCGGCUCCAACAGCUCCUCCGCCUCCUCGGGCAGCAGCAAAGGGCAACAGCCGCCCCGCUCCGCCUCGGCGGGGCCGGCCGGCGAGUCUAAACCCAAGAGCGAUGGAAAGAACUCAAAUGGAUCCAAGCGUUACAAUCGCAAGCGUGAACCUUCCUACCCCAAAAAUGAAAAUUUUAGCAACCACUCCCGUCGCUCCAAUUCACAGAAAAGCAAAACUUUUAACAAGAUGCCUCCUCAAAGGGGCGGUGGCAGCAGCAAACCCUUUAGCUCUUCUUCUAAUGGUGGAAGACGAGAUGAGGUAGCAGAGGCUCAGCGGGCAGAGUUUAGCCCUGCCCAGUUCUCUGGUCCUAAGAAGAUCAACCUGAACCACUUGUUAAAUUUCACCUUUGAACCGCGUGGCCAGGCAGGUCACUUUGAAGGCAGUGGGCAUGGCGGCUGGGGGAAGAGAAACAAGUGGGGACACAAGCCUUUCAACAAGGAGCUCUUUCUACAGGCCAACUGCCAAUUUGUGGUGUCUGAAGACCAAGACUACGCAGCUCACUUUGCUGACCCUGACACCUUAGUCAACUGGGACUUUGUGGAACAAGUGCGCAUCUGUAGCCAUGAAGUGCCAUCUUGCCCAAUAUGCCUCUAUCCACCUACUGCGGCCAAGAUAACGCGCUGUGGACACAUUUUCUGCUGGGCAUGCAUCCUGCACUAUCUUUCCCUCAGUGAGAAAACCUGGAGCAAAUGUCCCAUCUGCUACAGCUCUGUGCAUAAGAAGGAUCUCAAGAGUGUUGUUGCCACAGAGUCUCGACAGUAUGCUGUGGGGGACACCAUUACCAUGCAGCUGAUGAAGAGAGAGAAGGGAGUGUUGGUGGCCCUGCCCAAAUCCAAGUGGGUGAAUGUAGACCAUCCUAUUAACCUAGGAGAUGAGCAGCUCAGCCAGUAUUCCAAGCUGCUGCUGGCCUCCAGGGAGCAGGUGCUGCACCGAGUAGUUCUGGAGGAGAAAGUCGCGCUGGAGCAGCAGCUGGCGGAGGAGAAGCACACUCCUGAGUCCUGCUUCAUUGAGGCUGCUAUCCAGGAGGUCAAGAUUCGGGAAGAAGCUCUGUCAGGAGUGGCUGGAGGCGGAGGUGAGGUCACUGGUGUUGUGGCUGCUCUGGAACACCUGGUGCUGAUGGCUCCCCUGGCCACGGAGUCUGCUUUCCAACCCAGGAAGCAGGGUGUGCUGGAGUAUCUGUCUGCUUUUGAUGAUGAAGCUGCACAAGUUUGUUCUCUGGACCCCCCUGGUCCUCUCACCCUCCCUUUGGUAGAAGAGGAGGAAGCAGUGUCUGAGCCGGAAGCCUGUGAGGACGCAGAGGUAGCCGAUGACAGUCUGGGAGAGGGGACCGUUGGCACUGAGAUGAGCCAGGAGCCCAUUACUAAGCCAGGGCUCACCCAGCUCAGCAGCUCUCCUUGUUACUACUUCUACCAAGCGGAAGAUGGACAGCACAUGUUCCUGCACCCUGUCAACGUGCGCUGCCUUGUGCGGGAGUACGGCAGCCUGGAGCAGAGCCCAGAGAAGAUUUCGGCAACCGUGGUAGAGAUUGCUGGCUAUUCCAUGUCUGAGGAUGUUCGGCAGCGUCAUAGGUACCUCUCUCACUUGCCACUCACCUGUGAGUUCAGCAUCUGUGAACUAGCUCUACAGCCUCCUGUGGUCUCUAAGGAAACCCUAGAGCUGUUCUCAGAUGACAUUGAGAAAAGGAAGCGUCAGCGCCAAAAGAAGGCUCGCGAGGAGCGUCGCCGAGAGCGCAGAAUUGAGAUGGAGGAGAACAAGAGACAGGGCAGGUACCCCGAGGUUCACAUUCCCCUCGAGAACCUUCAGCAGUUUCCGGCCUUCAAUUCCUAUACCUGUCCCCCUGAUUCUGCUUUGGGUCCCGCCAGCACUGAGGGCCAUGGGGCCCUAACCCUGUCUCCUCUGAGCAGAAGUCCAGGCUCCCAUGCAGACUUUCUGCUGACCCCUCUGUCACCCACUGCCAGUCAGGGCAGUCCCUCCUUCUGCGUUGGGAGUCUGGAAGAAGACUCUCCCUUCCUUUCCUUUGCCCAGAUGCUGAGGGUUGGCAAAGCAAAAGCAGACGGGUGGCCCAAAACUGCUCCAAAGAAAGAUGACAAUAGCUUGGUUCCUCCUGCCCCUGUGGACAGCGAUGGGGAGAGUGACAAUUCUGACCGUGUUCCUGUGCCCAGUUUCCAAAAUUCCUUCAGCCAAGCUAUGGAAGCAGCCUUCAUGAAAUUGGACACACCAGCUACGUCAGACCCCCUCUCUGAAGACAGAGGAGGGAAGAAAAGGAAGAGACAUAAGCAGAAGUUGCUGUUCAGCACCUCGGUCGUCCACACCAAGUGACACUUCUCCAUCAGUUUCCUGUGCUUUUGUUUUGCUGCUGUAAUCUUUUAAGUAUUUGAGUUUGAACAGAUUGAUUGAUUAGCUUGGGGCGGGGGGAGGGGCUUUCCACAAAGUGAGGGGGAACCAAGAAAAUUUUAAAUACAGUGUAUUUUCCAGCUUCCCCUCUUUACACCAAAAUAAAGUAUUGACACUCACAUGAGCUGCCUUCCUGAAAGCA